UGCAUCUCCUCUGGGUCUAGGAGCUAUGUGCGGCCACGCACUCUGGUACCCCUGGUCUGCCGCCGCCCUGCUGCGGGCGGUACUCAUAGUGUUGGAGCUGGUGCAGCCACCGCGGCUCGUAACCGCGGGGACUCCAUCUCACAAUCUGCGAUAUGACUUCACCAUUGUGUCUCAGCCCAGCCAGGGGCAAAUCUCUUACACCGUGCUGGGGUACUUUGAUAGCCAGCCCUUUGUGUGGUGCUGCAAGGAGGGCCAGAGGGCAGAACCCCGAUCCUCCUGGUCUCAGGUGCAAGGGUCCGGGUCUUGGGAGAGACUAAUUAGAAGCCUGAAGACCAUGGCCCAGCGCCUUAUGAUCAACCUGAAAAGCAUUAUGGGAACCAGAGAGACGGGCAAGGUCUGGAAUGGGGAGGUCCCAGGGUCUCACACUCUCCAGGCCACUGCUAUGUGUGAGUUCCAAGGAAACCAGAGCAGUCCUGGCUUCUGGAGGUAUGGCUAUGAUGGACAGGAAUUCAUGUCCUUGAACUUAGAGAUGCUCAACCUGACAGAAGCCCAGACAGAGAGACAAGAAGAGGUCAGGGAUUACCAGAGGAGAGCAGGCCCAGAGGAGGACUUCUUGGUGCGGACCUGCCUUCAUCCUCUUAGAAUAUACCUUGAGGCUGGGGUGUUGACACUGCAGAAAACAGUUCCUCCAUCAGUGAGUGUGACCCAUCAUUCAGCCUUCAGUAAGAAGUCAAUCCUGAGAUGUCAAGCAUUCAGUUUCUACCCCCCAGACAUCACCCUGACAUGGCUUCAGGAUGGGAAACCAGUGAGCAAAGGAACCCAGGAAUCUCAAUCCGUCCUACCACAAGGGGAUGGGACCUAUCAGAACUAUAUGAAUGUUGAGGUCCCCUCUGGAGAAGAACCCAGAUAUGCUUGUCUUGUGGAACAUGAGGGAUUAAAUGGAACUUUCACUAGGAUCUGGGAUCCACCUCAGCCUAAACUCCCUCCAGUAUGGAUCAUCUCAGGAUGCCUAGCCUCUGUACUGGUCCUUGUGGGAACUACAAGUGUCUUUAUUUGGAGGAGAUGGAGAAAGAAGAGAACAGAGGAACAAGGAGAUCAAUAUUUGUCUCUGUCAGACAAUAACCAGAGAGCAGAUUCCUGGCUUUGAGGCACACUGACAGAAACUCAAGGUGAGUCUGAGUCAGCUUCUCCCUGAAAGAUUGACACCAAAACCUGAUGGAGGAGAGGGUGUCCUCUCCCAAGAAGCUGCAAGAUGUAUCUCUGCUGCCUCUUCCCCAGCCUUCACUUCGUUAGUCUUUUCUGCGUUGAGAUUUUCUGACUUUGCACUUUAAUAGAACUUUGCUGGGGAAAUUUCUGAGGUCAAGUUUGACUUGCUUUUUCAACUUUGGGGAGAUCCCAGAACAGAGGAGCAAGAGACUGAGGAUCCUGGCUCUAGUGCACUAAAAUUCUCCCAUGUCCCAGUACCUCCUGAAAGAUCCAGAACACCCACCAAGGAGAACCUCCUACACUU